CGCACCUCUCGCCUUCACCGACUCGCACCCAUGGACAACCUCAUGAAGUUCGGCCAGCAGGCCUACAAGCAGUACCAGGACUCGCAGGACAACCAGGGCAACAGCAACAACCAGCAGCAGCAGCAGCAGCAGUACGGUGACGACUCGAACUCGCCUUACCCUCAGGCCGGCCAGCAGCAGCAGCACGACUUUACCGGCGGCCGCCAGCAUGCCGGCCAGGGCGACGGCGCCUUUGGCAUCCAGGGCGGCUCGCAAUUCAACUCGCACGACAACCGCCCUCCUCAGCAGAGCAGCGGCGGCUUCCUCAGCGCCCUCAACCAGGACCAAACGGUGCAGCAGGCGUCCAACCAGUCGAACGAGGACCAGGGUCUCUUUGCCUCGGCCCUCUCGUUCCUCAACGGCCGUGACAACGACGACGACGUCGACGAGGAGCACGUCCAGAAGGCGCACCAGGAGGCGUACUCGUCGGGCCAGAGCAACAUGAGCGCCAACUCGAUGGGCGCGGCGGCCGCCAUGCAGGCGCUCAAGAGCUUCACCUCGGGCUCGGGCGGCCAGCAGCAGCAGAGCAGUGGCGGCGGCAUGCAGAGCAACCUCAUCGCGAUGGCCAUGAGCGAGGCGACCAAGCUCUUCAACCAGAACGGCGGCGCGUCCAACGGCAACAAGCAGGACGUCGUCAACUCGGCUGCUCAGACCAUGAUGAAGCUCAUGAUCAAGAACAAGGUCAGCGGCAUGACCGGCGGCGGCUCUGAGGGCGGCAUGGGCUCGCUCUUCUCGAUGGCGCAGAAGUUCAUGUGAGGGCGCCCGCAGCUUUUCAGAGCCCCGUCGUCGCCUGCCCGACCUUGAUUGUCAAUACCAGAGCCGUUGAGUGUCCCCCUUC